UUUUUGGUGCUGUCUUCACCGACAUGUAACUUUGGACCUUUGGACAGUUGACUGGUGAGUUGGUGUUUAAAGUUACGAGAAGAAAUUUUUUGGAAAUUUGAAUAAUAAUAAUUAAAAAAAAAAUUCAAAUGGUGGUUUAAUCAAUAAUCAAUCACACAUUUUGAAUGUGUGACAUAACCUAAACAUUUUCCAAGAAUGAGUUAUCAAGAGAUAAAAAAUAAAAUGGCUCGUAAAAUGGUAUUUACUCAACAAUUGGCUCAACAACUAAUACAAUUGUAAUAAGUCGUAAAUUCUGUGAAUAUGUCGACGUUUUCGUGGAUCGAAUUGUUCCCUACAAAACUGAGUUUUGUAAUUUUCUUAGCUUAUAUAUUGUUGUUUGUAGGGCAAGGAAUAUUAGUAACAGCCUCUCAAAAAGCAGACAAUCAGUAUGAUUAUAACAUAAUUACGGUAGUUCUACUAACUGAAGUUCUUAAAUUGAUUGUGUCAACAUUGUUGUACUGUAAAGACAAUUCUCCAAAGUCGCUAGUCAACAAUAUAGUAGAAAAUAGGAAAGUAUUAGGGCUUUAUUUUGUACCUGCACUCUUGUAUUGUUUCUACAAUAACCUUGCUUUCGUUAACUUAUCAGUAUUUGACCCCACAACUUAUUACUUACUAUUGCAAUUGAGAGUUGUAGUCACUGGAAUACUAUUUCAAGUCAUUUUUAGUAAAACUUUAAGCAAGAAGCAAUGGCUUUCAUUGUUAAUUUUAACAUUUGGAUGCAUGUUAAAACAGAUUAAUUUCACCAAUCAAGAGAAAAAAUCAUUUAUUUCGUUCGAUAUCGUUGGUUUAAAUGGCAUUUUCAUUCUUUUGCAAAUUUUUUGUUCAUGUCUUGCGGGAGUCUAUAACGAAUAUCUUUUAAAAAAACAAGGAGCUGAUGUGAAUAUUUUCAUUCAAAAUGUUUUCAUGUACUUGGAUUCGAUUGUUUGUAACGUGGUUUUAUUAAGCGUACGAGUCUCUUUAUCAUCCGCGUUCACUUACGAAAACAUUAGCAAAGUAUUCCAUUACAAAGUAUUACUAGUAAUGUUUAAUAAUGCCGCAAUUGGUAUUGUCACUAGUUUUUUCCUCAAAACUUUAAAUUCCAUUUUAAAAACUUUCGCCAGUGCCUUAGAGCUGGUUCUGACGGCUAUCUUGAGUUAUUUAUUUUUUAGGAUUGCCAUUCAUUUAAACACGGUUCUUGCUAUUGGUGCUGUCAUGUAUGCCGUCUAUUUAUAUUCCCAGAAUCCAGUCUCAUCAAAGGCCAGUAGUCGACAAAGCGAUCAAAUCGCUCUUAUUAAAAGUGAACAAGUUUAAUGUGAUUUUAUUUUUUUUAUUUCUACACAAUUGACUGCUGAAAAUUGGUGUGUGAUUUAUUUCAUUUUUAAUGUAAUCAAGUUUAAUAAAUUGUUAAAGCCGAA